UGAAUUCUUCGACACUAGUUUCCGGUUUGCUGCACGUUCGUCGCUCCCUCGCGUUUCACUGUGUUGGAUUUUGUUUGGGUGGAAAUUGUGACCGCCACUUAUCUCCCUAACUGGUCGAGACUCAGUUGUAAUAGUUUCACUGCGGGAGGAGAGAGCAACAAGCCGCAAAGAUGCCGCGAAUCAUGAUAAAAGGAGGCGUCUGGCGCAACACCGAGGAUGAGAUCCUCAAGGCAGCGGUGAUGAAAUAUGGCAAAAACCAGUGGUCUCGUAUCGCCUCCCUGCUGCACCGCAAGUCUGCCAAACAGUGUAAAGCCAGAUGGUACGAGUGGUUGGACCCCAGCAUCAAGAAAACAGAAUGGUCCAGAGAAGAGGAGGAGAAGCUGCUUCAUUUGGCCAAGCUUAUGCCCACUCAAUGGAGGACCAUUGCUCCCAUCAUAGGACGCACUGCUGCCCAGUGUCUGGAGCACUAUGAAUACCUGCUAGACAAGGCAGCACAAAGAGACAAUGAGGAAGAAGUGGGAGAUGACCCCAGGAAGUUAAAACCAGGAGAGAUUGACCCUAAUCCUGAAACUAAACCUGCCAGACCCGACCCUGUGGACAUGGAUGAAGAUGAGUUGGAGAUGCUGUCAGAGGCCAGGGCUCGACUGGCCAAUACCCAGGGCAAGAAAGCGAAGAGGAAGGCCAGAGAGAAACAGCUGGAGGAAGCCAGACGGUUGGCUGCUCUGCAGAAGCGCAGAGAGCUAAGAGCGGCAGGAAUCGACGUUCAGAAGAAGAGGAAGAAGAAGAGAGGAGUAGACUACAAUGCUGAAAUCCCCUUCCAAAAGAAACCUGCACCGGGUUUCUAUGACACCAGCAUGGAGCAGUACGUCGCUUUGGAGCCAAACUUCAAACGACUCAGACAGCAGCACUUGGAUGGAGAACUACGCAAUGAGCAAGAGGAGAGGGAGAGGAAGAAAGAUAAACAGAAAAUCAAGAAGAAGAAGGAGAGCGAUCUCCCAUCUGCCAUCCUGCAGACCAGUGGAGUGGCUGAGUUCACCAAGAAACGCUCCAAACUGGUUCUACCUACACCACAGAUCAGUGAUGCUGAGCUUGAGGAAGUCGUCAAAUUGGGGGUCGCAAGCGAGGUUGCCCGUCAAGCUGCAGAGGAGAGUGAAAGCGGUAACUCUGCCUCCUCCGCCCUCUUGUCAGAGUACAGCGUCACCAACACCAUGGCAACGGGGCUGCGUACGCCACGCACCCCUGCUGUCCAGGACCGGAUCCUGCAGGAAGCCCAGAACCUGAUGGCUCUGACCAACAUUGACACCCCUCUGAAGGGAGGCCUCAACACUCCGUUGCAUGAGAGCGACUUCAGCGGCGUGACACCUCAGCGCCAGCAGAUACAAACACCCAACACUGUUCUCACCACGCCAUUCAGGACCCCUGGACAAGGUCAGGGGUCAGAGGGCAUGACUCCACAAGCAGGAGGAGUGAUGACCCCACGCGGGGCAGUUACACCAGGGUUGACCCCUGUCCGCACGCCGCUGAGAGACAAACUGAAUAUUAACAGUGAGGAGCAAUUGGCUGACCCUGCAUACGCCAAACAUAUGCAAAGAGAAAGCCUGCAGCAGCUGAGGCAGGGCCUGAUGUCUCUUCCUGUUCCCAAAAACGACUUUGAGAUUGUUCUUCCGGAAAACGCAGAGAAAGAACUUGAAGAAACAGAGACAGAGACGGGAUUCGUAGAGGAUUCUGCAGACGUGGAAUCACGCAAGCAGGCUAUACGGGAGGCAGAACGAGAGAAGGAGUUGAAGCUGCGACACACUUCUGUUCAGAGGAGUCUCCCCAGACCCACCGAGGUAAACGAGUCCGUCCUCCGUCCCACCUCCAUGGAGCCGCUCUCUGACCUCCAGCUGGCAGAGGAGUUGAUCAAGCAGGAGAUGAUCACCAUGCUGCACUUCGACUGCCUGCACCACCCCUCAGCCAACGCAGCCAGUCAACUGCAGCGCGGCAAAACCAGAGGCCCCACCUCUACAUCGAACAACGCGUCACACAUAGCGUACCUGGAAACACACUCCUACAAGCCAGUCAGUACAGAGGAGAUGGAGCAGGCAAAGGCGGCACUGGCAGGAGAAAUGGAGGUGGUGAAGGCCGGAAUGGGCCAUGGUGACCUCAGUAUGGAAGCCUACAGCCAGGUGUGGGAGGAAUGCUACGGACAGGUUUUAUAUCUACCCUCUCAGAACAGGUACACCAGAGCUAACCUGGCCUCAAAGAAAGACCGUAUUGAAAGUCUGGAGAAAAAACUAGAUGUAAACCGUGGCCACAUGACAGCAGAGGCCCGGAAAGCAGCUAAACUGGAGAAGAAACUCAAAAUCCUCCUGGGAGGGUUUCAGUCCAGGGCCCUGGGGCUCCUGAAGCAGCACAAUGAACUCUGGGAACAGGUGGAGCAGUCAGCCACAGAACUCCAGACCUUUAAUCAGCUGAAGAAACAAGAGGAUACUGCAAUUCCCAGGAGACAAGAGGCCCUGCGGGAGGACGUGGAGAGGCAGAUGGAGAGGGAGAGAGAACUUCAGCAGAGAUAUGGAGAGCUGCUGAUGGAGAGGGAGGCACUGAUCAACAGUGCUCAGAAAUACUGAGCCCCACACACGCUUAUCAUACAUACAUCGUACACACACUCAUCGUAGAGACACUGACAUCAAGCUAACAGCUGCUGUGAGAAUCACAAUCGAGAGUUCUCCCUCUAAAGCCGAUUGUCGUAUUGAGCCCGUCUGUCAUUUUUCAAUAUUUGCGGCAAUUCCAGAGAUAAGUCCCGCCUCCAUGUGCUCUUGUUGCUAUGAUGUCACAAGCUGAGUUUUGAGCAUGCUCAGUAGUCCCUUGUGUUUCUGUAUUAGUGACCAAUAAAGUUUCUUUUCAACAAUGA